CCUCAUCACACGCGUAAUCGUCGGAAUCUAGAAUCGCAAGCAUCGCACCGAUGCAGUCGGGAAGCAACGAGCCGGCCGCUCCGUCGGCCGCCGACAACUCCAACGACCACGACCUCGACGGCGAGCAGAUCACAUCGUCGAGGGCGAGCUUCGAGGACGCCCCGCAAGAACAGAGCAACUCCAACUCGGCCAAGAGUCACCCCUCGGAAGACAGAGCGCCGAGCGAGGAUGCCGGCAGCAGACCCGCCUCGCAGAAGGAGCCCAGCAGGAGACCGUCGGUAGAGGGCGAGGAAGGGAGCCGGGCCCCCGCCGUCGCGGCGGCGGCAGCGGCGGGAUCGCAGCCGGGAAGCAGGGCGCCGUCGCAAACGGGCGGCGGCGGCAGCAGGAGAGCGUCGCAGGAGCAGGAGGCGGCAGUCACGACCGGCGAGUCCGCGCCGGGAGGCCCGGUGGCGGACGCCCCCGCGGCGGCCUCGGUGGCGGCGGUCGCCAGGGAGCGGGCGCCCGGCGACGACAACCGCGACACGUUCCGCGACUCGACCAUCACGGCGGUCAGCGAGAGCACGGCGCUGAUGCUCGGGCGGGACGGCGCGCCCAAGACGACGUCGGCGGACCCGUCGGCGCCCGGGGUCCUCGCGGGCAUCGGCGAGGACGACGACGACGACGGCGACGAGCUGGAGCCGCUGACCAAGUACGUGGACUGGACCGAGCACAUCUCCAUCUCCAUCGGCCCGUUCGUCAUCCUCUUCUUCGACCUCGCGCUGCCCGUCUGCAUCUACUACAGCUGGCUGCGGGCGCGGCGCAACGAGCGGCGCGCGGCGUGCCAGGGCGCGUACGACGCCGGCGUCGAGUGCGGGCUGCCCCCCGUGCAGACGAUCGAGAGCAGGAUCCUCGGGUUCGCCAUCAUCGCCUUCGGCUUCGGCGAGGUGUACAUCCUCGUCGUGCGCGUGUACCGGCUCAUCGCGCGCUUCGAGGAGUGCGCGCCGCUGCUCUCCAAGCACUGGUGGGAGCUGGACGCCACGACCUGGGUGUACACCCUCGGCCUCAUCGCCGCGCUCGUGCCCUUCGUGUGCUCGACGACGGUGUACGAGCCCGACGUGGUGACGUGGCUGUACCUGUACUCGCCGGCCUUCAUGUUCAUGGUGCUGGACGUCAUCGCCUUCAUGACGCUGAUCCCGAUCCGCACCCCGUUCCGCAUCAACUCGGACCCCAAGGGCUCGCGGCUCAAGCCCAUCGUCUACUACGCGGCCGAGGACUUCUUCGCCGUCGACGGCGCGCAGAACCGCGAGUUCCGCCGCAAGUACGUGGCGCGGUACGAGAAGUCGAUGAUGUUCCGCAAGAUGAUCCUCGAGCUGACGCUGUUCUGGAUCGGCGGGUGCACCUGCUACAUCGGCUACGUGGCCGCCAUGAUCUGGAACCUCGAGUUCGAGCGCGCCUUCGGCUCGACGCUGGGCGUGCUGUUCGGGUGGAUCAUCAUCUGGGGCGUGAGCGCGAGGUUCUGGAUCGAAUACGCAAUCAAGCGCGAGCAGAAGUGGUGGAAAGAGACCAGGGCCGGAAGGGAGUCGGCCAAGCUCCAGUGAGCCCUAGUGUUUAAUCACAGCCCCUAUUGGGAGGGGAAGAAGAAGAAGAACCGGAGGAGAAGCUGGUGUUAAUAUCGGCAGCAGUCAGGAUCGUGUACUUAUUUAUGGCGGACGAUAAAUUGAGGUUCUGACGGGCAAGACGAGGCACGAGAAAAGGGGGCCUGGGAUACCCGGGGGAAAGGAAGAUACCGAGACGGAGGGCCUUUUGCGACUAAUAAUAC